AUGAUGAACCCACAAGUGGCAGAGAGGGUCGUUUCGCCUGUUUGGAUCCCGCGGUUCAAGUUCGAGUUUGAGUUUGAGGCUUCGAGUAGUAUGAUGGAGCUUGAAUUGGUACUGCCCUUCAAUGAUAUGUAUGGGUUGAACGGAAUGGUGGAGAUAGCGGAUGAACCAGUUGUCCUGUCGAAGGUGUUUCAGAAGGUGUUUCACAAGACGGUGAUUGAAGUGAAUGAGGAAGGAGCUGAAGCUGCAGGUUGUAGUGCAGGGAGGAUUAGAGGACUUCGUUGUAGGUCAGCGGCUCCUCCCAGCUUUGUUGCUGAUCAUCCUUUCGUGUUCACGAUUGUGGAGGAGAAUUCUGGUUCGGUUUUGUUUCUUGGAGCUCUGCUCAAUCCUCUGUUAGUUGAGAAAGCCUAG